AUUAGGAAUGCUACAUCUUGCUUUUUACAUCUUACACUAUGCUUCUGAUUGCAAGUUUUCUCUUCAAUUUUAUAAUUGACUGAUAAAAUCUUUAUUCGAACAGGAUUGUUCACAUUUUGUGCAUAUUAUAAAAUGCCUACCACAUGCAGUGCUCCAAGAUGCACGAAUUCUAAUAAAGAUGGAUAUUGCUGCACAAUGUUUGCCCAAGAUCCUAAAUUGAAACAAAAAUGGAUUGAUGCUGCCGGAAUUCCUGAUUGGAAACCUUCAAAAUCAGCUGUAUUGUGUGAGGUCCAUUUUCAUUCAUCAGAAUUAUUUCGCGUUGGUAGCAAAAAACUUAUAAGGAAAGGUGCUAUACCAAGUUUGUUUUGCAAAUGUCAACAACAUAUAAAAAGAAAAUCCCUUGCAGAAAUUCAACCAGAACAGCAAUAUAAUGAAUCAAUUGAAUUUCUUUCUCACAAAAAAACAGAAUUAAGGAGUGAUCAUUCAUAUGUUGCUACAGAAAAUUCUCAGAAGCAAGAAAAAAAGAGAUGCAAUAGAGAACAAUAUGUAAUUGAUGAAUUGCAAGAACAUAAUUAUUUUUCUCUUUCAAAAAAAAGAAAAUCUAUUGAGUCACGUAAGAAGUAUGUUCAUACUACACAUUGUAUUAUAAUGAAAAAACCCAUUAAUAUAAAUACAUUGGAGACAUAUCAAUAAUCUGAAGAGGAAAAUUACAGAUCAAAUUCUAAUCUAGACAUACAUAUAUCAUCAGAAUGUACUGAAAAUCAAAUAUUGACGGAGAGUUUAUCUAGUCCAGAAGAAUAUGAAAAAAAAAGAAUACUAAAAGAAAAAUUAAAAAUGGCAAAAGAAACGAAAAAAGAAAAAAUACCUUAAAAAGUAGAGUUAAGAAAGUAGACUUAAGAAAAAAUAUUGAAAAAAAUUACUGAAAUAAUCAAUAUAAUUUUGAAUAAAGAUUAACAACGAGCAAUUGUAAAUGAUAUCAUAAGAAGUUCCAAGUAGUCAGAUGAAACAAUCAAAAAAAGGAUUAAAUUUGUAUGUGGAUCACAUGGUUAUAAUCAUAUAAUUAAACUUGUUGCUCUAUUUCCUUCAUUAAGAACUCUGAGAAAUACAUACAGCAGAUUAAAUUUGAACCUGGAAUAUUUAAAGAUGUUUUUAAAUAUCUGGAGUUCCUCAUAUUCCACCUACAUGAAAAAUCAUCUGUGGACUAGUAUAUGAUGAAAUGGCAAUUAAAAAGUAAAUCGAUUUUAAUAUUGUACAAGUAUAAGGGCAUAUAUUGGAAAUGUGACAUUGCCUGGCAAUACAAAUAAAUUAGUAUGUAAAGCUUUACUCUUUCAAAUGUUUGGGCUUAGUUUUCAUUGAAAGCAGUAGCUUAUCACAUCUUAUUCUUAUCUUUAUUCCAUCACAUCUUAUUCUUAUCUU